AUGAAAAAAGAAAUUAUUGUUAAAGAUAAUGCAUUGAUUAAUGCAAGCUAUAAUCUUGAUUUAGUCGAGCAAAGAUUAAUUCUUUUAGCCAUUGUUGAGGCAAGAGAAAGUGGUAAAGGGAUUAAUGCAAAUGAUCCUCUUGAAGUACAUGCUGAAAGUUAUAUUAAUCAAUUUAACGUACAUAGGAAUACUGCUUAUCAAUCAUUAAAAGAUGCUUGCGAAGAUCUUUUUGUAAGACAAUUCAGCUACCAAAGCCUUAGUGAAAAGGGGAAUGUAAUAAACCAUAAAUCAAGGUGGGUCAGUGAAGUAGCUUAUGUUGAUAAUGAAGCAGUUGUAAGAUUAAUAUUUUCUCCAGCUAUUGUCCCUCUAAUUACAAGGUUAGAAGAACAGUUUACAAAAUAUGAAAUGCAACAAAUUAGUAAUUUAACAAGUGCUUAUGCUGUUAGGUUGUAUGAAAUAUUAAUUGCAUGGCGUAGUACGGGACAAACUUCACUGAUAUUACUAAACGACUUUAGAAGAAAAAUUGGAGUAUUAGAUACUGAAUAUAAAAGAAUGUAUGACUUUAAAAAAUAUGUAUUGGAUAUCGCGAUAAAACAGGUAAAUCAGCACACUGAUAUUAUAGUAGCUGUUGAACAACAUAAGACCGGUAGAUCAAUCACAGGCUUUUCAUUUUCUUUCAAACAGAAGCAGACUGAGAAUAAACAAGCUAUAUAUGCUCAUAUAAAUAAAGGAAAUUUAUCUAAAGGAUCUGAUGGUCUAAUAGAUUUUUCUGAAGCUUUGAGAGCAUUUGGCGAACCUAAAAAACAGGAAAAAAAUGUUAACCUUAGUCAAUCAAUUGAUAGCAAUACAUUGACAGAAGUUGACACUUUAAAACGUCAAAUUGACAUGUUAGAAAAACAGCUUAAUCAAGCUAUUUCUAGAGAAAGCCAAUCAUUUGAAAGAGAAGUUUUUUAUCAAGCGCAAAUUGAGGCGAUGCAACGUUUAUUAGAAGCUCCUAAGCCUAGUACUGAAGUAGAUAUGAGAAAAGAAGAAAGAUCAGAGAAUAUUGAAUCUAUACAAAUAGAUAAUUCAAAAGCUGAGAGCGAAAAAUUAAUGGCUACAGUCAACUUUAGAGUUAAUGAAGCUCUUAAAGAGAAGUCUUAUUCUAUCUUACGUGAACAGGGAAUUGCGCCUACAGAGCUUUUUACAAAUGUUUUGGAGUAUAUAGCUACAACUGGCAAAAUUCCUGUACAAAAAGCCUUACUCUCAGAAGAAGAUACCGAGUUAUUAGCAAUUGUUCGUAAUCGUAUUAAUGAUUCUAAAGAAAUGUUUGAGGAAAUUACUUUAGAUGACUUAUAA